UAGCCAGGAGACGGAGUGGAAGAACUCUUUUAACCUCAUGAACGUGCUUUCAAUUUUCAAAAUACCCUAUCAUCAUGAUUUCUCUUUGUUGCAGACAUGAAGAGUUCAGCCGCCGUAUCCUUGAACCUCAGUCAGGAUCUCUCGCAAACCGACGUUGUUCGUACUGUGGCCAACCGUUACGCUGCCCAACUGCAACUGUGCUGCCGGCAAAGCCCCAUCUCGUACUCACACGCGCGAGCCGUCCAUGCCCACAUGAUAGCUUUUGGUUUCAGGCCUCGUGGUCACAUCCUCAACCGUCUAAUCGAUAUAUACUGCAAGUCAUCCAAUCUUGUCUACGCACGCCACCUAUUCGAUAGAAUUCCUGAACCAGACAUCGUCGCCAGAACAACUCUAAUUGCAGCUUACUCUGCAGCUGGGCAGCUGAAGCUGGCCAUUGAUGUAUUUAGUCGAAUCCCGUUGAGCAUUCGUGACACGGUUUGCUAUAAUGCGAUGAUCACGGGCUAUUCCCAUAACAAAGAGGGUCACGCUGCUAUUAAACUUUUCGGUGACAUGAGGCGGGACAAUUUUCGCCCAGAUAAUUUCACCUUCACGAGUACACUCGGUGCUUUGGCACUGAUAGCUGAUCGAGAAGGGCAGUGUCAGCAGCUGCAUUGUGCGGUGGUAAAGUCAGGAGCAGGAUCAGUUACUUCAGUGUUAAAUGCACUCUUAUCUGUUUACGUUAAGUGUGCAUCUUCGCCAUUAGCAUCGUCAUCGUCCUUGAUGGAUGCAGCUGGGAAGCUGUUCAGCGAGAUGCCUGAGAAGGAUGAGUUGUCGUGGACGACAAUGAUUGCAGGAUAUGUGAGGAAUGAUGAUCUUGAUGCCGCUCGUCAGUUUCUUGACGGGAUGACUGAAAAAUUGGGAGUUGCAUGGAAUGCAAUGAUUUCUGGUUAUGUGCAACAUGGGUUUGUAUCUGAAGCAUUCGAGUUGUUCAGAAAGAUGCUUUUAUCUAGAAUUAGGCUGGAUGAGUUUACAUAUACUAGUAUUCUUAGUGCUUGUGCUGAUGCUGGAUUUUUCAAACAUGGAAGGGAGGUGCAUGCCUACAUUUUACGGACAGAAGAAAAAUCCGCACCAGAUUUUUUAUUGUCGGUGAAUAAUGCAUUGGUUACAUUGUAUUGGAAAAGCAAUAAGAUUGAUGAGGCACGACAGGUUUUUAGAAAGAUGCCCAAGAGAGACAUUGUUACAUGGAAUGCAAUGUUAACUGGGUAUGUCAAUGCAGGGCUCAUUAAUGAAGCUAGAUUAUUUUUUAAGGAGAUGCCGGAGAGAAGCAUUCUGACGUGGAGAGUAAUGAUUUCAGGCAAUGCACAAAAUGGGUUUGGGGAAGAAGGUCUGAAACUUUUCAUCCGGAUGAGGUUAGAGAGAUUUGAACCCUGUGAUUUUGCGUUUGCAGGAGCAAUUAUUUCUUGUGCUGGGCUCGGAGCAUUGCAGCAUGGAUGCCAGCUCCAUGCUCAGCUUGUCCGUUUGGGUUUUGAAUCCAGUCUCUCAGCAAGUAACGCAUUGAUAACAAUGUAUGCUAAAUGUGGCGUUGUUGAGGCUGCUCACUGUGUGUUCCUAACUAUGCCUUACCUGGAUGCAGUGUCAUGGAAUGCCAUGAUCGCGGCUCUGGGGCAUCAUGGACAUGGUUUUGAAGCACUUGAACUUUAUGAACUGAUGCUGGAGGAAGACAUAUUACCUGACCGGAUAACUUUCCUUACAGUUCUCUCUGCUUGUAGUCACGCAGGUCUAGUUGAAGAAGGGUGUCGUUGUUUCAAUUCAAUGCAACAAAUUUAUGGUAUAAGCCCAGGUGAAGAUCAUUAUGCCCGCUUGAUUGAUUUGUUGUGCCGAGCUGGGAAAUUCUUAGAAGCAGAGGAUGCAAUUAAAGCAAUGCCUUUUGUGCCAGGUGCCCCAAUAUGGGAGGCCCUUCUUGCUGGUUGCCGGAUCCAUGGGAAUAUGGGUUUAGGGAUCAAAGCUGCUGAACAACUCUUUGAGCUCAUGCCACAGCAUGAUGGAACUUAUGUGCUUUUGUCGAACAUGUAUGCCACUGCAGGACGGUGGGAUGAUAUGGCCAAGGUUCGAAAAUUAAUGAGGGAACGGGGGGUAAAAAAGGAGCCUGGUUGUAGCUGGAUUGAGUUUGAAAACAAAGUUCAUGUAUUCUUGGUGGAUGACACUACGCAUCCUGAGGUGCAGGCUGUAUACAUUUAUCUUGAGCAACUAGGCCUGAAGAUGCGGAAAUUAGGUUAUGUCCCUGACACAAAGUAUGUGUUGCAUGAUAUGAAGUUUGAGCAAAAGGAAUACGUUUUAUCCACACACAGUGAGAAGCUAGCUGUUGGAUUUGGGCUCCUCAAACUCCCCCUUGGGGCCGCUGUAAGGGUUUUCAAGAAUCUUAGGAUCUGUGGGGAUUGCCAUAAUGCAUUUAAAUUUAUGUCAAAAGCGGUGGGAAGAGAGAUUGUUGUGAGAGAUGGAAAAAGGUUUCAUCAUUUUAGGAAUGGUGAAUGCUCUUGUGGCAAUUUUUGGUAACCUUGGAAUUUUUUUUGAAACCGCUAUUUGUCUGAAUUGGUAGAAGUCUAGAGCCAGAAAUGUGUUGGGACUUGUGGUGGAGUGAAUGAAGUUGAGGCAUGCUGUUUAUGGGUCCAACUUCUGAGAUGUUUUCAGAUCUGUGAAGGAGUGCUAUAGUACUACCUGGAUCCCCAUUUAUGUUAAACUCAGUGCAGAAACAGAAGCAACCAGGGGCCUAUGCUUGCCUUUCCCGCCAAGGUUGUUCAAUGUCAGAAGAAAAAAGGCUACUGAGGUUUAUUGAUUGCUAUCUUCAGUUGGGCACCCAAACAGUUAUACUCCACCAGAAGUAUGUAGCUGACAGAAGAAAGAUGCUUGGCUUUCAUGACUCAGUUUUUAAAAAAAUAAGACUCUGAAGCAAAACUUUGCUCUCAUUCAUCCAUGAUGUCAAUGGUUUAGUUCCUUUGAGAGCAGGUUCAUGGGGCAGCAUUUGACGCUUCCAUAUUUUGCUUCAGAAGCUGGAUACAAGACAUGCAUCUGACUAUGAACAAGCAUAAGUGGUGAUUGAAAUUUGAAAAACAAAGCUCCUACAGUGCUUUCUAUUUGCAUGAAAGAUGAACUUGAACUGCAGGGGAGCAGCAUAAAUGAUGGAGGUUGUGGUGUUUGUGGAUAGUGCUGGUUGAUUUAAGCAGAGCUUUAAUUGCAGCAGAAGCAGGAGCAUUGAGCUGCAGCUGUAGUUGGUGUCCACGAUAUUGCGGAUCUGAUCUCAACGCUUCAUCAUGAUACUCCUUAUUGGAACAGCUAUAUGUCUGGAGUGUUUUGGGGUGGGAGGGAGAACAUGCGCAUGCACAUUUAUGCCUUGGGAACGACGUAAAGGCCAGACAAGCCAAGCCAGUCCUACUCAGCAGCACUUUAGUAAAAUCUGGGUGUGUGUACCCCUCUUGUUUUGGAAGUAAAGGUAAGGCAGCUUUACCCAAAGACUCGAGUGCUUUCAUGUAGUGGCCCCCAAACCAGAAACACAACAGUGCAAGAUGCCUGCCCUUGGCUUUCACCACAUGUGCUUUGUCCUAAACUUUAAGAUUUAAAUUUAAUAAUAUUUGAAUUUAUUUAUGCC